AUGUUUACUCCUUCGAGGGCCUCACGGCGAAGAGCUCUCAGAAGCAGCUGGGAGGAGGCGCUGUCCAAGCCAGAGGUCGGUUCGUCGAGGAUCAGCAAGGAGGGCUCCAUCACCAUCUCCAAUCCGACGUUUACACGCUUCCUCUGACCCCCUGAUAUCCCCCGCUUCUCCACCGUCCCAACCAGGGAAUCCCUCACCGGUUGAAGCCCAAGUGACUCGAUCACUCUCUCAACGACCAAGACUUUAUCAGCCUUGGACAAGUCAUCAGGAAGUCUACGAGAACAAGAUGUCAACCAGGAGGAAACAAUCAGUCAGUACAGUAGGAAUAAAAGCUAGCUGAGAAAGUAGAUUCAAGGGAGCAAUAGUUCUUCUUUUUCUUUUUUGCAGUCGUAUGGAUUUGAACUUUUUUUGAAAAACCACAUUCAGAUGCGAAUUCUGAUGAAUACCCACUGCCAAAUCAAUCAUAAUUUAAUCAUCUUCAUGAGAGCAAUGGAUAAUUUUUUCCACUGCAAUCGUGUAAAUGUAAAAUCUAAAAAAAUAAAUCAUGGGCAGAUGUGAACAUGGUGGCAAUCCAAUGAAUGCCUGAUGUAAAUUAAUCAUAAUUUAAUGAAACAAAAUUAGUUUGAACUUGGACAUAUAUAUGCAUAUAUAUAUCGAAUAAACUCCUGAGAACGCAGACAAAAGCAGGUCAAACAUGUAGGGGGAAGAAAAGCAGCAGAGAAAACGAUCUAUGGUAGAUGCUGCAGGAUGUCUCGUACCUACAUCUUGCGCUGAACCAGAGGUUCUCCUCCACAGUCAAGUUCCCAUGCACAACGUCAUCCUGUGGGACAAAGCCGAUUAUCUUCUUGUAG